UUCUAGUGUUGAAAAAAGGGGCUAUGCUCGUCUGACGCACAUCGUUGGUAUCAGAUCAGUAGUUCGGGAGGCGCAUUGAAGGAUUUAUUUUUAAGAUGUCGAAAGACGUCCCACGUGAGCCGGAGCAGCUUCGCAAGCUGUUCAUUGGAGGUUUGAGCUUUGAGACCACAGAUGAAAGUCUGCGUGCUCAUUUUGAGCAAUGGGGGAGCCUUACAGAUUGUGUGGUCAUGAGGGACCCCAACAGUAAAAGGUCCAGGGGCUUUGGCUUUGUUACAUACUCAUCAGUACAGGAAGUUGAUGCUGCUAUGUCUGCCCGCCCCCAUAAAGUUGAUGGAAGAGUGGUGGAGCCUAAGCGUGCGGUUUCCAGGGAGGACUCAAACCGGCCAGGUGCCCACAUAACAGUCAAAAAGAUCUUUGUUGGAGGCAUUAAGGAAGAUACAGAGGAGUCACACUUGCGGGAUUACUUCCAGAAGUUUGGCAAAAUUGAAGUCAUUGACAUUAUGACUGAUCGUAAUACUGGAAAGAAGAGGGGCUUUGCCUUUGUCACCUUUGAUGACCACGAUUCUGUUGACAGGAUUGUCAUCCAGAAAUACCACACAAUCAACUCUCACAACUGUGAAGUGAGGAAGGCCCUCACAAGGCAGGAAAUGCAGAGUGCAGGAAUGGGAAUGAGAGGUCGCAGCAGUGGUGGAAGGCCCUACGACUAUGACAGAGGUUUCAGUCAGGGUGGCAGGGGAAGAUAUGGAGAUGGACCCUAUAAUUGCAAUGGAGGUGAUAGUGGCUAUGGAGGUGGUCCAGGCGGUCCUGGUGGAUAUAAUAAUGGUGGCAACCGUGGUUACAACCAAGGUUACAGCCAGGGUGGAGGUGGAGGUGGAGGCGGAGGGUAUGGGGGAAACGGCUAUGACAGCAACGGAUAUGGCAACUGUGGCGGUGGUGGUGGUGGCGGCAGCGGAGGUGGUAAUAACUACAACAACAUGGGCCAUUACGACCCCCAGGCUUCUAAUUUUGGUCCAAUGAAGAACAAUUUUGGUGGUGGUGGUGGAGGCGGCGGCGGUGGUGGCAGGAACUUUGGUGGCUAUGGCGGUGGCUCAAAUAACGGUGGAUAUGGCCGUCCAGGACGAUUUUGAAAUGUUAAGCGGACUGAGUACUUAGGAGAGGAGAGCAAGGAGAGGAGAGCAAGCGAAGUGACAGGGCAGCUGCAGGUUUACCUCCUAAAUCUGCUCAGCCAAACAGUUGUGGCAGGUUACAGCUGCUGCAAGAAGAGAUGUACAGUAGAUAAAUCAUGGAGGGUCUUCAUUUAAACGUUUUGUUUUUUCAUGAAAAUGUGUUAAUGGAAAGCAAGCAUUCCAGUAAGGUUUUAUGUAGAUUUUUCUUUAAGUUUGGUUUUUAUUUGUAACUGCAACAAAUCAAGCUGAAAUAAACAAUCUUUCAGUUUUUUAAGUCUUGUUAGCCUCUUUAGUGUGUUGGGAAAGGGAGGGCUCAUUAUUAGAUGCUGCUCAAACUGGGGAUGAGGGCCAUGUUUUACAUAGCAUUUCACAAGCCCGCUCCCCGAGGUGGUGCGAGAAGCCCCGUGCGAGUCACCCCAUAUUCCAUAAGUCAAUGCAUUUUGUUUUAAAUGCCUAUAUGAUAUGGGCUGAGGAAUGAGAGAAGUGGUGCACAAAUGCAGUCUUCACAAAGAGCCCAUCACACCUGAGUUCUGCAGAGAUCAACUGGAAGAUGCUAGCUUACAUGCAGUCUUUGAGGCUAGCCAUGGAAGCCAGCUGAGGGAGAGAAGUAGCAAACCCAUCGCCAGGAUCAUUGAAGCAGGGGGAGAGUGAGAACAGAAGCCUGAGGCUAGCAGACAGCUACCAAAAGGCUUAAAUGGUGUCUGUAGGUAAGACCAGACUUCUCAACUACUGAUGGUAUAUCUUGGUUUUGUCAUGUAGCUGGUAGUGAGUUGUGUAGCCCAAUAAUGACAUAACAUUUUUGUGCAAACAAGUUACGACUUAAACCAUUGGUAUAAUUUGCCUCCUACAGCAAUGCAUGCAGUUAUUAAAACAACAAAAA